CGUGAUAUAUAUUUCAAAGCCUAUAAAGGCCAGUCUUGUUAUUGAAGACAUUGUAAUACUCAAAGCUCGUUGUCAGUGUACACAGGUAGUCAUGUAUCGCUUGGUAGUCCUUGCAGCUGCUGUUGCCUUAGCAACUGCUGAGGUGAUUCUUACUCUUCACGAUUGUGGGUCCCACGACUCCAUUAUAAACUCUGUGAGGGUUGAGCAGUGCGACUCGGAACCUUGCAUCGUUCACAAGGGACAGGACUACACCGUGCAUGUGAACUUCACAGCAACUCGGACAGUACAGGAAGCCCACAACGUUCUCCACGGCGGUCUCGGUUUUAUCUCCGCCCCUUUCCCUCUGCAGCCAGAGAAUGCUUGCCAAGGUAGCGUCACGUGCCCUAUCGUGGCCGGACAGACGUACGAAUAUGUGCAGACCAUGACAUGUCCGACAUUCGCCCCAAGCAUAACCGUGACAGCGAAGUGGGAAGUGAAGGAUGAGAACAAGCAGGAUAUUUUCUGCUUCAACACAAGGCUCCAAAUAAAAUCAUAACAUGUGCAGGUUAUGGUCGUGUUUUCUUUAAAUGUUAUUAAGUUGUCGUGUAAUUUGUUUGAAUAUAUUUUAUGAAUAAAUUGCAAUUUUA